AUUUACAUAUAUCAUAGGAACUAACUUUCAGUGCUUUUUCUAAUUUCCACUAAACUAAUUUAAGAGUUAUACGCACCGUUGUUUAAAAUCGCUUGCACCUAUUGUGGCGCGUUAUUUUGUCUCUAUCUGACACUUCUACAACUGAAUAUUUUAAUUUUAGUCAUGGAUAAAGAGAUAGUUGAUGAUUUUGGCAGACAUCUCUAUGAGUUAGAACAGUUAAAGGAAUUAGAUCCUGAGUUUCACAAAUAUUUGGAGGAAAACCAUAAAGAGUUACUUAAUCCUACUUUUGAGGAAGAGCAGGGUGAAGAGCAUGAUAUAGAUAAGGAUUUAAAUGAAAAUAAUAGGACAAUAAUACUUUCAAAAGAUAGGUUUGAGAUUAUUAAAGCAGAUGCUCUAUCAAAAAAGUUAUUUCAUGGCUUUUCAGUACUGAUUUCAUGUUUUAGGUCUGUAGCUAACUUGAAUACUAUAACGAAAUAUGAAGAAUGGGAAAGUGAAAAUAAUUCAAGCAAUAAUGAAUUUAAUAAGACUAAAGGAGAACUUCCCUCAGAGAAGAAAUUUAAGUCAAAAAAAAGAAGGUUAGAAGAUGCAGUACAGACCAAUAAGAUACAAGAGAAAUUUAAGUUAGAAUCUAAACAGGUAACAAGUAACUUUCAAAUAGAAGAUCCUGAAUUGAUGGUAGAGGUUAUUGAAGUAAUUAUGUCAAAUAUAGCUGAUUUACUUUUAUAUCAUGCUUCUAAAACUGUAAAAACUUCUGAAACUCAUUUUAAUAAUGAAUUACAAAAUAUAGCAGUACAUAAACUUGCUAGGUGGAGACGUGUUGAAGGUCUAAAUCGCAUAUUUUGGCAAGAUACAUAUUCCCUAAUUUUGAAACAGUGUGUAAAUCCUGAAAUUAAUAUUGAUUUGAUAUCAAAAAUAUUACAUGAACUAUCCAAGUUCAGCUUGCUAAGAUGGCUCUUACCCAACAAAAAUCAAACUCUAAACUUUACAAAUAUUCUAUCACGCAUUUGGACUAUGAAUAAACACUUGGUAUUAAGAUCAGAGAGCUUUACUGUGCUAAAGUCGAUUAAUUAUUUACUCCAGAAUACUCAAUUUUCAGAAUUUGAGUUUAAACAGCACAGAAGAGGUUUUCGAAUAUAUGAGGAAAAAGAAGCUCAAACCAUUGCUAUUGCAAGGCAUGAACAAUUCCUUAUGUCAUUAUAUAGAGUUAUAGGAAUUACGACACUUAGAGGGGUGUCUUGGAAGAAUUUCAAGGCUGUUAAUCAAGCAAUAGAAGACUUCGUUAUUCUUCUAUGCAAUUCGGAUGUUAAUCAAGUCUAUCGUUUUGCCUAUUCUAGCAUAAGACAUCUAGGUCUUUCGAUAAGAAUUUUAUUUCUAAAGUUAUCUCGUAUGAAAAAACUAGAGAAGAAGCCAAAGAAAAAGCUGGUAGAGGAAACUAUUCCUAAUGUUUACAACUGGAAGUUUAUCUUCUAUUCAAGAAUUUGGAUAAAAGCAAUUGGACAGAUUGCAGACUUAAAUCCCUUAGUAUAUCCCUUAACAACAUUACUUGCCGCAACAAUUAAAAUUAAAACAAUGUCAAUUACAUUCCUACCAUUUUGUUUACACUGCUGUAUGGGACUUGUUGAACUUUCAAAGAAUUCUAAAACCUUUAUUCCUUUAUUCAAUACUUUACUUGAACUACACCAAGUUCUAGCUAAAAGUUCAAUUCAAACACGCUCUACAUUUAAAAAGGAUAUAUUAAAGCAAGCUAGAAAAAGUAAACCUAGUUCUUCAGCUUUAAAAACAUCCAAUAAACCAUAUUGUGUAGAAUUCGAGUUCAAAAUAUCUUCGAACCAACAGAAGUAUGAACAAGUCAUUCAUGAGGUUCAAGAAUAUUGGAUCUACAUAUUGACCUACUAUUUAACUACAGUAGCUCUUAACCCAGCUUUCCCUGAAUUUUCAUUCCUAAUUUUGAGUAAUUUAAGGAAAUUAAUUAAAAAUCAAAGUAGACAUUGGGGUGAAGAAUCUUUAAAGAAUGCAAAGCAGCUUGUUUUAGUAACUGAAGAGACUUGUGAAGUAAUUCGCAGUAAGCGUAUACAACUAUCUUUAAAUACAGAUAUUAAUUACUAUUCAAAUGCAUCUAGUAAACAAUUCUUGGAUUCCAGCUCACUUAGCUUUGAAGUUUUUGAUUAUGGAGACAAUCCUCUUAUUAGACAUUUCGAGACUUUAUCUAGUCAAAGAGCAUUAUCUAUUAUUAAGAGAAUUGAAAUAUUUACAACUAAGACUAAGUCACUUCCAAUUACUAUUGGAAAUGAAGAUAUAGAAAUGAAGACUCUGUUAGCCGAAUUAAACAAAGUCGGCAAAUCAGUCCAAGAUUUAAAAUAUAUGGGACCAAGACAACUCAAGAAGCUAAAGCAAAAAAUAAGGGGUUCUAUUGAUAAAUCUCUUGAGACUAUUACCUCCCAAACACAAGACUGUGUAGUACCUAUAAACAUAACACUAAAUUUCAAUAAAAAAUCAAUGUUCACUCAAGAUACAAGUGUAAUUCAAAAUCAACAAUUUUCGAAACUCUCCUCAUCAUCUAUUGGAGGAGACAACUGUCCUGUAAUAAAAGAUGAUCAACCAAUUUCCACUUCAAAGUUUAAAAGUGAAUAUAAUCAAUUCAGUUUGGAUAACAAUAACCCAAUAUCUAUCUUAAAAACGAAUUUCCAAUGCGAUGACACAGUAGAGUAUUUAUAUUUUAGCUCAGAUGAGAAUUAG